CGCACCGCGGCCGGUCAGUCUGCUCGGAACUGCCGCGGCGACUGGUCGGUGACACGGUUGCGGACCGCGCAGAGAACACGACGACUGCUUCCCUUUCUCUCCCCGUGAUGCCGCGCGUCGUGUGAGAGUUAGAGAGACAGGCGCUUCGGUCCUAGAGGGGGGAACGAACCCCCGAUGACGGCCGCGUGAUGCGUCGUGACGCCGCGGGGGCGGCGCUCGUCCUGGCGGGGGCGGCGGCGAUGCUUCUGCUGCUGGCGGCCGCCUCCUCCGCCGCCUCCGGAUCGUGCCCGAGCGCGUGCGCGUGCAAGUGGAAGGGCGGCAAGCAGACGGUGGAGUGCGUGGACCGCGGGCUGAUCACCAUCCCUGAGGGCGUGCACCCUGAGACGCAGGUCCUGGACAUGUCGGGGAACAACCUUCAGGUGCUGCCCCGGGACAUGUUCGUGCGCGCCGGGCUUCUGAACCUGCAGCGGGUGUACCUGCGGAACUGCCGCGUGGGCGAGGUGGACGACCGCGCGCUAAACGGCCUCACCAACCUGGUGGAGCUGGACCUGUCCUACAACCUGCUCACCUUCAUCCCCUCCGCCACCUUCCACGACGUUCCGUUCCUCCGGGACGUGACGCUAGCGCGCAACCCCAUCCGGAAGAUCGACGGUCACGCCUUCCGCACCUUGCCGUCGCUCGUCAAGCUCGACCUGUCGCACUGCGAGCUCCAGGCCAUCGCUCCGAAAGCCUUCGAAGGCGUGGAGCAGCUGGCGACCUUGAAGCUCAACGGCAACAGGCUGUCGGAGCUGCGGCCCAAGACGGUGGAGACCUUGAGCCGGUUGCAAGGCGUGGAGCUGCACGACAACCCGUGGGUCUGCGACUGCCGCCUGCGCGCCGUGAAGCUGUGGCUCGCGGACAACAACAUCCCGUACCCGGUUUCGCCCGCGUGCGCCGGAGGCCCGGCGCGAGUCGCCGGACGAACCUUCGCCGAGCUGGACGUGGACGACUUCGCGUGCCGGCCGGAGAUCCUGCCCGCCAGCCGCCACGUGGAGGCGGCGGCGGGGGAGAACGCGACCGUGCUUUGCCGCGUGGGAGCGGUCCCUCCGGCGACGGUGCACUGGUACUCCGCGGGUCGACAGCUGGCCAACCUCACGUCCUGGGGCACCGGCCAGAAGGUGCUCAUCUUCGAGGACGGCCGCUUCGAGAAGACCAGCUCGCUGGUGCUGACGGGAGCGCGCGACGCAGACACGGCAGAGUUCUACUGCGUGGCGGACAACCGCGCCGGGACUGCAGAGGCCAACUUCACCCUGAGGGUCGCCCCGCGCGCAGCCGGGAUGGCAACCUUCGACGGCGGACAGAUCGCCGGACUGAGCGCCGUGUUCGUGGUUCUCCUGCUGUUCGUGCUUCUGGCGGCGCUGCUGGCGCUGGCGAGGCUGCGCCGGCCGCGGCAGUUGGACGCCAAGACGCCGGACCGCGAGGCGGCGGUUGCGGCGGUCGAGGCAAAGCCCGCGCCGCCGCCGCCAGCCGCCGCCGCUAGGCCAGACCCGCCCCGGCCGCCCUCGCCCGCCCCGCUGGACCUCAUAAGAGACACGACCGCCCCCGACGAUGCGCGCCCCGCCUCCGGCGAGUACAGCCGCGCGCUGGGCUCCGACUCGUUGUACCCUUCGGGCCUGUGGGAGCAGCAGCGCAAAGGGCGGUCCAGCGAGGCUUCCACCCCCACGGGGCUGUUCCUGCGCGGCUCCGGCUCAUUCGGCUGCUUCGACGCGUCGUCGGACCGCACGCCCAUCAUCGGGGACGGCUGCGAGGAUGAUCCGCCUGUUGGCCGAGCUACCCGGCUCGACGGCUACCCUCCGGACUACGGGCUGCCCGUCGCCGACUCGCCCGGCGAGCUGGCGCCGCCGCUACCCAGCGCCAAGACGCUGCGCGUGUGGCAGCGCGGGGUCCCUGUCCUGCCGCCAGUCACUGCGCUCAAGAGGGCGCUGUCCAGCAACAGGAACUCCCCCGACGAGGGCUACCAGGAAGGCUGCGGCACGGACGUCUGAGCCCUUUCCUCCGCUAUCUCGUCCCGUCGCGACGUGUGCGCGAUAUCUCCCCCCUUCUUAA